CCCCCGUUGACUGACGUAGGAGCGAAGACAAUUUAGUCCCACCUGCGAAUUUCCUUGUCAGUCUGCCACAGCGCGUCCGCGGAGCAUGUUCGUGUCUGCUGGACUAUCAUAAAUUCACCGAAGAAUGAAUAGAUUCCCAUUUGUCAUUUCUAUUUUGAUUGGUUUGUUUGCAUCCACUGCCUCAUUUCCUUGGGCUGACCUCGACUUGUAUAUCAGGACCCAGCGGGAAGUCCGCUGCAAAGAUGAGGAGUACCGCAGCGGCAACAUCUGCUGCUUAAAGUGCCCAGCUGGUACCCAUCUUAAGUCGGCCUGCACUACGCCUGGUGAAGUGGGGCAGUGUGAGGAAUGUGAAGAUGGAACACACACUCAGCAUGCCAAUGACUUCACACGAUGUAGCAGAUGCACCCUGUGUCGUUCAGAUCAGGUGAUUUUCCGGCCUUGCAGUCACACUCAAGACGCUGAAUGUCACUGCAAAGCAGGAGGUUUCUGUGACCCUGAAGAAGCAUGUGAGACGUGCAUAAAGUGUUCAAGUUGCGAGAAGGAUAAAGAGGUUGUUCGGAACUGCACUGCUACCUCCAACACAGAGUGCAAGGAAAUACCAACGCAGUCAAACUCUUCCUCAGGUAUCGUAGAAGGAGCUGCUGCGUCCACUUUAGCCCCGCUUUCUCUACAGACUCGGACCCCCAACACAACCCACACAUACCAUCUUUUUACCUGCGCCAUUGCCAUAAUUGUAAGUGUGUUGGUGUUAGGAAUUGUCGGUGCAUGCAUUUUCUGCUGUAUGAAGAAACGAGCAAGAGGUUCUGUUGGAAAUGAGUCUAAAGCAGAGCUGCACGUGCAGGACGGGAGAAAUGAACAAACCCAAAGGGGAUGCUCUGGUCUCACCUUUGCUCAGUCACUGGUGAGAGUUCAAAGCGCAUCAGCUACGGUGGAUGAGUGUCAAGCGCUGUGUGAAAGCCGCAACAGCUCUGCCAGCAGCUCCCAACAAAAUCUAACCAGCCUGCCCCCUGCCCUUGCCACCCUUGCCGCCCCUGCCCAACGACCCUGUCAGCCCGAUUUGAGGGAGGAUGAGCCUUUUCCCGAACUGAUUCCUGUAAAUGGUGUCGACUCUCUCAGGAAGUGUUUUGAGUAUUUUGAGGAAGUGGAUAUCGACUACUACAAGAGGUUCUUCCGUGAACUUGACCUGCACGGCAAUGUGAUCAGAAGCAAAGAUCAACUUACCUACGAAGACAGGAUUCACGAGUUACUGAACAUUUGGGUUGAGAAGGAGGGCAAAGACGCAAGUUUAAAUGACCUGCUAAAAGCAUUGCUUAAGUUUGAUCAAAGACGAACAGCUGAGACCAUCAAGGAAAAAGCCCUGGAAAAUGGUCAUUAUGUUUUAGCAAGCAAGUCAUUUUAACUUGUUUGAAGUUACUCCGCACCCGUUUGAUUGUAUUAUUAGAUGCGGUGUAUAGUUUUGUGCACUUGACUGCAUUGUAACAGAAGCUGUAUGUCUUCUGAGCCUUUGAAGACAUGCACAGGUAUAGUUAUCCUGCAUGGUACUGAAAUGGCGCUGCAGUCUUUUCUGCUGGUUUGAUCACACUGAGCAACAGAACAAAUAUGCGUGGAGUGGGGUGAAUGCAUUUCAGCUUCAGCUUCAACUUGUACGCAAAUGUCUGUUGAAAGUUUUUCAAUGAACUAUCACAAGUAUUUUGUUCAUUUUGUAUGAUGACUGUGACAUUGACUUUUAGAUGCCUCAACUGGGGCCAGUCAAAUGAACACGUGGUCACUGGAUUAAGCUGCAAGAGGGAAUUUUUUUAAAUUUCCUUUCUUGUGAGUUUUAUGGGAAGUGGACAAAGUUUUACAUUGGCUUUUGUCUCAUAAAAUCUUGGCUUCAAUUACUGCUAGUGAUGGACAAAGGUGAAAUUACAUGUAUGCAUCAUGGCCGUUUCACCGAAUUGUGUCCGUUACUCCAGUCACCUGAAACACACCUGAUACAUCAGCAAGUUUUGCGAAUGCCGGAUAAUGAAUCUGGUCAAUUGUAUCGGUGUGUUGCAGUCUUGAGGACCCGACUUCAAAAUUCCACAAGCAAUGUGGCUUGCUUUUUGGUCAGUAUUUUGACUUUGAAUAUGAAAUGUUGCCUCUUUUAACUUGUUCGUUGAGUUUAGAGCACAUAUUCAUACGCAAGAGAUGAAGGAGGGAAGUUUCUCAAUGGGCACUGUGAAGACUUUUGUGACGCUGCUUUAAGUAGCUUUGUUGAAGGUGUGUUAAUGACUCACCCUUUCCUACAAUUGUUAAAUGUUUUUAAGGGCUUUCAGUGUCAGAAUAAAAUGUUAAGUUAUAUCACGCUGCUGUGUACUAUGUUGUACGUACAAUAUCUCUCGGCCAGACGUACUCGCUUCGCGUGACCGCCGCCGCCGAUGAUGAUGAUGAUGAUUUCUAGAGUUUGAUGAAAUUGCACAUUUAAAGUUAUUCUAUUUAUGCAAAGUCCAGACUCGGUGUUAGCUUCAUUUUAAAAUAUUGUUUGAAGCUUUUUGAAAUAGUUCUCCAUUAUUGGAUUGUAAUUGUUUCAUAUUUAUAACUCUCUUGAUUGAUUUUCAAGAGCUGUUGUUGAAAUGGGCCAAUCUGUUUGGCUCAAGAAAGAUGUUGAAAACUCUCUUGAUUUAUUUUCAAGAGCUGUUGUUGAAAUGGGCCAAUGUGUUUGGCUCAAUAAAGAUGUUUAUAAAAUUGUACAAUAGACUUUUUUUUCUUUUUCUUUUUUUUAGAGCUCGGAAAUCACAAAAGAAAUUAACUUGCUUUCUGAAUAUGACUAAUUGUGUCAAUAGAUAUAUUGGAUAUUUGAUCUUUGGCUUUAGGUACUGUUUUGUUUUGUUUUCUGAUCAUACCGAUAAUUAUUAACUGGGGUGUGCCUUAAAAAUGAAUCUUUAACCAAGUGACUCAACUGUGGUUGGGCAUAUUGUUCUUCUCCCUGUGCAGCACUCCCUUGCCAGGGCUCGUGCUUAGUGGUUAAACGGGUCUUUUGGUAUUUCCCUUGAUGUAAGCAUUGGUUUAUGGGCAUCUAUAACGAUGACUAACUGAUUGACUAUGUCUCAAGUACGCAAAUGUUUUGUUUUUCAAGCAUUUACCUGAAAUACAUUUAUUUUUUUUCCCAAUAAAAUAUGUGCCAAUUACA